CAUAGUGUGAACUCAGGAAAUGGAAACAAAGCCUGUCCCACUGCCCGGAGGGAGCCAUGGCUGCAGAGAGCCCCGUGGAAAGUCUCCAGGAGGAAGCGACAUGUCCCGUCUGUCUGGAGUAUUUCACAGGCCCUGUCACUCUGGAGUGUGGGCACAAUUUCUGCAGAGCCUGCAUCGCCCAGUGCUGGGAGGGACCCGACACAGCUGCCUCCUGCCCUCAGUGCAGAGAAACUGUGCAACAGGGAAACCUCAGGCCCAACAGGCAGCUGGCAAAUGUUGUAGAAAUUGCCAAACGGCUGAGUUUCCAGACAGCAAAGGGAACAGGAGGGGACGGGGGGUGUGGGGAACACCAGGAGACUCUGAAACUGUUCUGUGAAGAGGAUCAAACCCCCAUCUGUGUGAUCUGCAGAGAGUCCCGGGCUCACCGCACUCACAGGGUGGUUCCCAUACAGGAAGCUGCCCAGGAGUACAAGGAAAGAAUCCAGGCCCAUUUGAAGACUCUGAGGGAAGAGAGAGAAAAGCUCCUGGGAUUUAAAGUGAUUGGAGAGGGGAAAAGCCUGGAGUAUCUGAAACAAGCACAAACCAAGAGGCAGAAGGUUGUAUCUGAAUUUCAGCAACUGCGGCAGCUCCUGGAGGAACAAGAGCGACUCCAACUGGCCCAGCUGGAAAAGCUGGACGAGGAGAUUGUGAGGAUCCAGAAUGAAAAUGUCAGUAAACAAACCAAGCAUAUUUCCCAUCUCAGCGAGCUGAUCAGUGAGAUGGAUGGGAAGUGUCAGAAGCCAGCAAGUGCAUUCCUGCAGGAUGUCAGAAGCACCUUGAGCAGGUGGGAGAAGGGGAAGUUCCAGCAGCCAGAGGAGAUUUCUCCUGAACUGGAAGAGCAAGUCAGUGAUUUCUCCCAGAAAACUCUUCCUCUAUUGGAGGCUCUGAGGAAGUUCGAAGACACUCUGCCGUCUGCACUGGAGAGAAAAAGAGGGCAACCACGAGGAACCCACAGACAGGGUGAGAUUGCAGCCUCUUCCCAGUGCUGGCGCCUCUCUGUGGCCCCAGCCCUGGUCCCCUUCCCCCAAGGCCCUGCCCCAUGGCCAGGCCAGAAGCCAGAGCUGGGCUCACACCCAGGGAGCCCGAGCAGCACUGGGUGCACCCUCCACCUGCCCUGGUGUGGCACACUCCGGGGAGCGGGGACAUGGGGCGGGGACUGCUCUUAGGCCCCCCAGAUACCCACCAGGGCAGGUGGAGGGUCAAGGGCUCUCCCAAGCAGCCAAGGCUCCCAGCCUGGCCAGGGGUCAGAGGCUUGGCGGGAAGAGGAGUAAUGGGGCAGGGCCACGGAGUGGGCGGGGCCAACGGUGGUGGGCUCUUGUGCCCCACCCCCAACUUCUACCAAGGGUCCGGAAUGCCUGGGGAAAUCCAAAGCUGACAUCACACAAACAAUCUUGACACCGACCUUAGUGCUGAGUUCAUGCCCACGCUGAUGAACAGAAACACUCACUGAGCAGCACCUGAACAGAGCUCUCUGCCCUGGGGGCUGACACAUCCCUCUGCUUCACCCCAGUGCAGGGGGUCUCCCCAUCACUUUUCUCCAACAUCCUGCCUUUCCUUUGGGCAGGGCUGGGCUCUCCCAUGAGAGCUGCUCACUGCUUCAUAGACUGGGGAGACGCUCUCCCUCUGACACUGCCAGCUCCUCCUUUCUCUCUAGGCUAGGGAUGGGGCUACCCCACCGAAUGCCACCUGCUACUCUCUGGUUUUAAGCAGCUCUUCCCCAAUGCUGCAUCUUCCAUUCUGUUCCCCAGUGUGGGAGUGGAGGCUGGCUUUAGGAGACAGAUCUUUCCUCUGAGCUAUAAAGUUGUUACCUGCCUUCUCUGCUCCUUCUUCAAUAAAAGCUUCUGACACCUUCCUGGCUGUGUCUCUGCCACUGGGAAUGGAGCAGCCCCAGCAGGGGGAGCAGGGAGCUGAAGCUUCUGGAAGCAAAUGAGAAACAGGGCCUAAUCACAUCAGCCACACUAUCAGAGGCUCGUUCACCUG